CCCUCGGCGCGGGGCAGCGCUCACCUCGGCGGCGGGGGCGGCGGCGGCGGCCCUCGGGUCAUGAUCUCCGCCGUGUCCAGCCCGUGGCUCACUCAGCUCUCGCACUUCUGCGACGUUGCAGCCUUCACGGCCAGCAGCCUGAGCAGCCUGGGGGCCGCGGGGGGCUUCCCGGGCGCCGCGUCGCCGGGCGCCGACCCGUACGGGCCGCGCGAUCCACCGCCGCCGCGCUACGACCCUUGCGCCGCCGCCCCCGCCCCCGCCACGGGAGCCCCCGGCCCGCCGCAGCCGCCGCCGCACGCCUACCCGUUCGCGCCGGCCGCAGGGGCCGCCACCAGCGCCACUGCGGAGCCCGAGGGCCCCGGGGCCAGCUGCGUGGCCGCCGCCAAGGCGCCGGUGAAGAAGAACGCGAAGGUAGCCAGCGUGAGCGUGCAGCUGGAGAUGAAGGCGCUGUGGGACGAGUUCAAUCAGCUGGGCACCGAGAUGAUCGUCACCAAGGCCGGCAGGCGAAUGUUCCCCACGUUCCAAGUGAAGCUCUUCGGCAUGGACCCCAUGGCUGACUACAUGCUGCUCAUGGACUUUGUGCCGGUAGAUGACAAGCGCUACCGGUAUGCCUUCCAUAGUUCCUCCUGGCUAGUAGCUGGCAAGGCAGACCCUGCCACACCGGGCCGAGUGCACUACCACCCUGACUCACCUGCCAAAGGUGCACAGUGGAUGAAGCAAAUUGUGUCCUUCGACAAGCUCAAGCUGACCAACAACCUGCUGGACGACAAUGGCCAUAUUAUUCUCAACUCCAUGCACAGAUACCAGCCUCGCUUCCAUGUUGUCUAUGUGGACCCACGCAAAGAUAGUGAGAAAUAUGCAGAGGAGAACUUCAAAACCUUUGUAUUCGAGGAGACACGCUUCACUGCGGUCACUGCCUACCAGAACCACAGGAUCACGCAGCUGAAGAUUGCUAGCAACCCUUUUGCCAAAGGCUUCCGGGACUGCGACCCUGAGGACUGGCCCCGGAAUCACCGGCCCGGUGCGCUGCCGCUCAUGAGCGCCUUUGCGCGCUCGCGGAACCCGGUGGCCUCUCCAACGCAGCCCAACGGUGCGGAGAAAGACCCUGCUGAGGUCCGGCGAGAAUUCGAACGCGACGCGGGCGGGUCAGCCAUGCUCGGGGACCCGGCGCAUCCACCGCAGCUGCUGGCCCGGGUGCUGAGCCCCGCGCUGCCCGGAGCCGGUGGCGCCGGCGGCCUCGUCCAGCUGCCCGGCGCGUCCGGAGGCCGACCCAGUCCCCCGCACCCCGAGCUGCGCCUGGAAGCGCCCGGCGCAUCGGAGCCCCUACACCACCACCCUUACAAGUAUCCGGCCGCAGCCUACGACCACUACCUCGGGGCCAAGAGCCGGCCAGCGCCCUACCCGCUACCGGGUCUGCGCGGCCACGGCUACCACCCGCACGCGCACGCACACCCUCACCACCAUCAUCCUGCUGUGAGUCCAGCUGCUGCUGCCGCUGCUGCCGCGGCAGCCGCUGCUGCGGCCGCCAACAUGUACUCGUCUGCUGGGGCUGCGCCGCCCGGCUCCUACGACUACUGCCCCAGAUAAUGCAAGCCGCAACUGCGCUCUGGGCCCUGACCCACGGAAGCCCCGCGCAGCCCUGAGGGCCAUCAAAGGACACUUUCUCCCAGGCCCGGGGCCCACCUCGGGUCCUGUCCUUCCCCAACCUUGAAGUCAUUAGGGUCCUCCACCCUCCAGCCCCGAGGACUAUCCGGUCACUUCAACCCCGGAGUAAACAGGGUUCCUUUCCCAGCCCCAAGGGCCACGGGGGAUCCCGCCCGACAGUGCCAAAGCGCCCGGUCGGAGAUGGAAGGAAGUGGUAUUUAUUGUUUUCCCCAAGACCGCGAGACCGCAACGACUCCGUCCCGCUGGUAGUGGCAAUGUAGACGACCCAAGAGCUCCGCCUGCAGGCGGUGUAGAUACAUGUAGAUAUGUGUAGAUACUGUAGAUACCGCGCCGGCGCUGAUGAUAAAUGGUUUCGCUUCUUUUGGAA